AUGCUCAUGUGUUGCAACGUGCCGGAAGUUGCGGGUUCAGGAAGCAAUAGAGCGAUGGCAGAGGCCGAGGCCGAGAACGAAUCAUCGUGUUCGAAUUCGGGGACUUCUCGAAACGCCAAGGAUCGCCAUGCGUCCAACAUGUCACAUCUCAUCCGUCGCGGAUGCUUAAACGUGCCAAAUGAUGGCAUCUUGAGAGAAUAUCAUAGCAGCCAAUUACUUAAUCAUAAGAUAUUAAGCUAUAACACCAUACACUACCAAGAAGAGAUUUCUCCAUGCAGCGUGCCGAUUAGUCAAUGGAUAAGCCCGAGCUUAAGCAAUGACGAAAUUGAGGUCUCUAUCCAAUGUCGUGUCGCGUGA